AUGGACGCGGCCUUGCUGUUUGUUGAUAUCAGUGGCUAUACAGCGUCGAUGGAAAUGUUCGCUCAACAGGGCGCUCAAGGCAUUGAGAAGUUUUGGAAAAUGUUCAACGCAUACUUCUGCGACCUCUUGGAUAUCAUUCAGGGUACCGGCGGAGAUAUAGAUUGUUUCGCCGGGGAUGCCAUCCUCAUUGUGUACGAGACAGAGAGGAUAUGGAAACGCACAGGCGAGAGCGUUCGGAAGUGCAUCAACACCCUUGAUGGCACCCAGCCCACAAAGCUUUGCUUGGCGACCAUGGCCGCCGCGCAGUGCGGCGGCAGGCUCCUGAACAAACUUAGUCCCUACAACUUCUCGGACGGUGUUAACGAAUCCACUCUAACACUACACGGGUCCAUCGGAGUUGGGAGUUUGCGCACGGUCAACAUCGGGGGUACCACGGCUCAGGCGGGGAGUUCGUUUGCGACGUUUGUGUGCGGAGGCGUCUUCGAACAGCUGGCGAUCGCGCACGACCUGUCAAGAAAGAACGAAGUCUGCCUUAGUGGCGAGGCAUCAACCUCAGCGGCGGAGGAAGCUAAGCCUCCUGGAGUCUUGCAAGGGCUCAACCCUGCCAAGGCUACGAUGCCUAGCUUGUACACCAGUGUUUCAAAGGACACUAACGUGUGCACGAGACUGAAUAUGACCGCCCCUGAGUACGACGGGCUGACAGAAGACCUAAAGAGUUUCAUCCCAAGCUCGGUUCUUGACAAAAUGGAGAGCGUUCGAGGGGACGCGGCGAGCGGGAUCGCCUUGGGAGAGCUCCGACAGGGCACGGUUGGGUUCGUGAAAUUCGAUAUCAAGGACAUCAACAGCAGCGCUUGCGCCAAUCCGGAAGACGGUAUCAAGGAAGUGGCUCAGGUGGCGAUGAUGGGCUUUCGAGAAGUCCUGAUUGCCGGAGGCUACGUGAACAAGGUACACCGGGUGACGCAAGAGGAUCGACCGCGGGAAGAACAAGGAUGA